CAAUGGCUCUCACUAGUGAUUCUCUACUACGAUCACCUCAUCACUCUCCCCGCCGAGGUCUCGCGGAUAUGGUCUCGCGCGCGCUCAAAACCAGCUCUGUGGUUUUUUCUGAACCGUUAUGUGCCUUUCCUUGCACACAUCAUAGUUGUGGUGUUCACGUUAGCGGAUAUGACGCCUAGCGACAAGGUGACGGCUACUCAUCUGCGAUGA